CUUCUGAAUGUAGAGUAUGAGGCUGAAACCCAGCCCCUUCGUCCAUGUGAACUUCAGAGGGAGAAGGCCUUUCGUGAUGGAGAAGACUACAUCCCUCAAUGCUCAGAAGAUGGACAGUUUAGGAACAUACAAUGCAAUAAAAAUGGGAUUUCCUGCUGGUGUGUCGAUGAAAAAGGCAUUGAGGUCACAGGCACUAGGCAGUCUGGAUCGUCUCUGACUUGUUUGUCCUUCUGCCAGCUUCAAAAACAGCAGAUUCUGGUCAGCCGCUACAUCAACAGCAGUGAAACUGCCUACAUCCCACAGUGUCUGGAUUCGGGUGACUUUGAUCCCGUACAGUGUGACUUGGCUCUGGAACAAUGCUGGUGCGUGGACAGCGAAGGGAUGGAGAUUUACGGGACCAGACAGAAAGGGAAACCAAGGCAAUGUCCUGGCCGGUGUGAGAUCCGAGACCGCCGCAUUCUGCAUGGCGUUGGGGAAAAGACCCCUCCUCAGUGCUCAGCUGAUGGAGAAUUCCUGCCUGUCCAAUGCAAGUUUGUCAACACAACCGAUAGGAUGGUCUUUGAUCUCAUCCAUCAUUUUAACAGAUUCCCCAAAGCGUUCUUAACAUUUAGUUCCUUCAGAAAUUUGUUCCCUGAAAUCAACGGAUACUGUCAUUGUACAGACAGCCUUGGGAGAGAACUAGAAGAUACAGGCCUGGAAAUGUUGCUCGAAAAUGUGUACGACACUGUUUUUGCGUCGCUGGAACCGGUUCCCACCUUUGCUGAAAGUAGCAUGUACAGGAUCCUACAGAGACGUUUCCUAGGAGUACAGCUGGCAACAACGGGCAGAUUCAGAUGCCCCUCCAAGUGUGAAAUAGAGUAUUUCACUGCCACUCGUUUUGAGGAGGAUUAUAAACCAUUGUGUGAAGAUAAUGGUGCCUACAAGCCAACACAAUGUCAACUGAAUGGAGAAUGUUGGUGUGUCGACAGCAGAGGACAGGAGAUCCCUGGAACAAGAAGGAGAGGACAGAAACCGAUGUGUGACAAGGAGCCCACCUGUGUCUCGGAGAGACUAGUAUCUCUCUCCAGGCUUUUCUAUGGCCCCGUUGGACAUUUCAGUCAUAACAAUUUGUUUUCUGCUCCUCAAGAGCCACGGAAGAUCAUUGGCUCCUCAAGAUUUUGUCCCUUUCUAUUCAAGGACUUUUUGGUGGGCUCCACGGAGCCGUCUUCCAUCUCAGGGGGUAACAGCGCCGCUCAGCUCUUCACAUACGAAACGCUCCUCGGCGAAGCGGUUGGUGGGAUGUUUCCCUCCCGAGAACUUGCUCAGGUUGCUCUACGGUUCACCAACAACCCCAAGAGAUUCCAAGAAAACCUUUUUGGUGGGAUGUUCUUGAAGAACCUUGCCCAGUUUAACCUGACAGGAGCUCUUGGUCCCAACAGCAAAUUUAAUUUGGACAAGUAUUUCCAGCAAGUUGGGAUGAGAAGCGGAUUCAGUGAACUGGCUGGUCAACUGUUGCAGGGAAGCUCCCAGGAGAAGUUCAACCUGAGCCAAUCUCUUGUUGACGGCUUUGGACGUACGGUUAAUUUAGAGGACAACCAGAAUGCCGUCAAAUUCCUUGCUUCUCUUCUUGAGGCCCCCGAGUUUUUCACUUUUCUGCAGCAUGUGAUUUCUGUGCCAGAAACUGUCACCAAAGAUUUAGGCGAUGUGGUGAAGAUUCUGUUGAAAGCAAGAGACUGCACGGAAGAGGACAACGAUGCCUUCGUGCCAGACUGCACGGAAGAUGGGAACUACAAGGAGAUCCAGUGUAAGAGAGGGGAGUGUUGGUGCGUAGAUUUAAGGGGGAAAGAAAUCCCCGGAUCCAAAGUACGAGGGACAAAACCGCGGUGCCCUACAACGUGUGAAAAGCAAAGGGCCAGUCUGCAACUCUUAAUUAGAGACCAGCCUGCAGGAUCUCAGAUGUUCGUUCCUUCAUGUACCAAAGAAGGGAAAUUCCUGCCAGUCCAGUGCCAUGGGAAAAACUGUUUCUGCGUCAAUUCAGAAGGCACACCUGUCCCAGGGAUACGUACCAAUUCUGGAGACCCCAUACAAUGUCCAAGUGACUGCCAUCUCGCAGCUGGUCAAGCGUUUCUAAGAUCCGCCAAGCAGUUUCUAUUGAGUCCCACUUCUCUGACUCAACUGUCCAGCGUUUAUAUACCUCAGUGCGGUCUGGAUGGUCAAUGGAGGCCAGUCCAAUGCAAUGGUCCACCUGAACAAGCCUUUGAAUGGUACCAAAGAUGGAACACUCAGAACAAUAACAACAAUCUGCUUACAAUAGCUGAGUUGGCUAACGUACUCCUAGACUACAAGGCAAGAUCUCAGCAAAGCUUUGGAGAUUUCAUCAAGGUUCUCUACGCAGCGGGCCACCAGAAUAUUUUCCCAGAAUUCUCCAGAUAUUCAUCUUUUGAAGCUGUUCCCCGAGAGCUGCUGGAGGGCAACCCAUCGCAGUCAUCUGAAAAUGUUUUAUUCGACCCGUUCACCUUCUGGCAGCUUCUUCAAGGUCGCCUGAACUAUUAUCCAGGAUCCUACAGUGAUUUUAGUAUCCCCUUGGGACAUUUUGAUCUUCGCAACUGUUGGUGUGUGGAUAAAAAGGGACGCCCGCAAGGAAAGCAAGGCAGCAUAAACCAAGUUCCAACUUGUCUUGGAACGUGUGAAGCUGCAAAGCAAGAAGCUGUGGAAUUUGUUAACAAGGUGGAACAACUUAUUCAGGAGUCAAACAGCUCUCAUUUUCCUUUCGGACAAAGCUUCUUGAUGAGCCAAGUGUCCAUGUUAAGAGGCCGAGAGCUUUGGAGUAAUUUUUCUCAGCUGGAGAGCUCUUUUGCAGAAAUUCUGUUGGCAGAUAACGAUUAUGCCAUCCAGUUGGCUGCACAAUCCACAUUGCAAUUUUAUCGGAAGAGUCUCCUUGCAUCCAUGGACUCUCCUGGGGAGGCUCGGCGCUUGGCAUUUCAACCUUAUAUCCCCCAGUGUGAUGGACAAGGGAACUGGGAGGCCAUCCAAUGCUAUGAGAGCACAGGUCACUGCUGGUGUGUAGAUGAGAUGGGACGUUAUGUUUCAGAUUCCUUGGUGACACGCUCAACACAACUAUUGCAGUACGUCAUCACGUCUGUUUUUGAUGCUCUGCACAUGCGCGGAAAGAAUGGAGAGUAUGCGAAUUUUCAGAAAUCGGAUUCACAGGCCUGGUGUGUCAACCCGGUGUCGGGAGAAGUAAUGCAAGAGAGAGAAAUUGAUUCUAACGGCGAGAUUCCUUGCCCCAGCUACUGCAGUCUGGUGAAGUCGAAGGCUCUGGUGCGGGAAAUCGGUAGAGGUUACAUCCCGGAAUGUGACGAGAACCGUCAAGUCUUCUCUCCAACACAGUGCAGUGAAGACCAAGCAAGCUGUUGGUGUGUCUUUGACGAUGGCCAGGAGGCUCCCGGGACAAGAGUUAAAGGCCAGAGGCCUGCCUGUGAACGACUGCAGCCAUUCCAGAGUGUCCAGAUUCAAACCCAUUUCCAGCUCAUCUUGCCUCCUGAGAAGACCUGCAGCCCUGACUAUUCCGGGUUGCUGGAGACAUUCCAGACCUUCAUUCUGGAUGAGCUGAAGUCUCGUGGCUUUUGCCACAUCCAGGUCAAUACUUUGGAGAACUUGGUGUCUGUUCCAGUCUGUGGAGAUUAUGCUGUGCUGGUUGCGUGUGCAGCUGCUGACCGUCUGGGAGUGAACGUCAUGCAAGCUAUGCUCAACAAUGUGCCAGCUACUGCACUUCCUGAUUUAUACGACAUUGAGAAAGCCAUGGUUGGUGAGGAUCUCCUUGCUUUUGAAGAGCUGAUCAAGAGUGGUGGAUUUGUCCUUUACUUGGACAACAAGCAAUUCCAAGCAGACACUUCCAUCCGUGUUCCUGGAAGAGGAAAUUCUGGCAUGUCUCCUCAAGUUUCCUUGGGAUGCAAGGAUGGUUUCCACAAAGUCUCAACUACUGGAGAAGUGAUACCAAAUUCUCAAGGAUGUGCUAUCUGUCCUCCAGGUUCCUUCUUCCAGAACGAGAGGUGCAUUCCAUGCCCUUCUGGAUUCUAUCAAGACCAAGCAGGAAGUGACUUCUGUGCGAAAUGUCCUCUGGGGACACUGACCAUCUCUCCUGGAGCUUUCAGAGCCAAUCACUGUAUUACUGAUUGCCAGAGGAAUGAGGAAGCUGGACGGUGUGAUGAAAAUGGCCAUUAUAGACCUUCUUACCAAGAUCCAUCCACCCAAAAGUCAUUUUGUGUUGACAGCAAUGGAAAGAGAAUAGACUGGACAGAGACAGAUGGUGCUUUGACGGAUUCCCAGUGUUUGGUCCUCCAGCGUUUUGAGAAGGUUCCUCCUUCCAAUCUUAUCUUCACCACAAGAGAAUUGGAAACAAUUGGAACUAAAGCACUCCGAGGAAUGCCUAUGAACACCCUUCAGCAAUGCGUUGCAGAGUGUGAGAAGGACGAGUCCUGUGGAUUUCUCACCAUGUCAGCCGUGGGCUCGGAAACGUUGUGCGAGCUGUACAGUGCUCGGGAGAGCCAUUAUAACUGCUCUACUUCUGGACUGGUCCAAGGUGCUUGGGAGAAUUCUCUUGCCACCAGCAUUGCCAAUCUCAGCUGCCUAAUUAAAGUGAGAACCGAGAAGAAAGAUUCGUUGAGCAUAUACCUGAAAAAAGGACAAGAUUUCACUACAGUGGGAGUCAAGACAUUUGAGAAGACUGAUUUUCAGGAUGUUGUUUCUGGCGUGUACAGCAUUUUGGUUGUAUCAGCAUCUGGUACAUCUUUGACAGAUGUUCAUCUCUUCUGCCGCCAAGCCUGUCACCAAGAUGCUUGCUGUGAUGGCUUUAUCUUAAGCCAGCUCAUACUUGAUGGAGGCAGUAUUGCAUGUAGCCUGCUGAGUUCCCCAAGUGCAUUGAUCUGCAACCUUAAUGACUGGGAUGGGACUCAACCCGUCGACAAGGCGCAAUAUGUCAACGCACAAAGUACAAUGAAGGGAAGAGCCAAUACACAGUCAGAAUUGGAGACCAAGUGCUUGCUGGAGCUUCUGAGCUUGCAGAAGACCCAGAAAAAUUCUUCACCACCUUUCAGCGUGUUUAUUUCUGGAAAGGUAGGUGAUUUGCCAGGUGUCAAAUGUGGAAAGAUAUCCAAAUGUGUCUCAGUAGAAGGGGGUGAUUCUGACAUGAUGACUCGCACUGGAUCUUCUAUGUGUGAUGCUACUCUUGUUCCACCACAGUCUAAGUCUCUUCUAUCAGCGUCGACCAAGAAGCUCUUUUCUAUAGUGGAAAGCGACCAAAUAUUGAUCGAACCGAAUCGUUCUCUGCCAUCUCAAAAAUACUGGCUUUUCAAGCAGAGCUACUCAGCUGAAGAGGCUGCUCUCUGGUGUCUCACACGUUGUAGAGAGGAUGAGUUUUGUCUACUGGCCGAUAUCCCAAAUAACACAGACACAGCAUUCUUUCCUUGUACCCUCUACCCAGCAGCCCAAGUCUGUAACACUUCCAUUACAAUCCCCAACAACUGCAAGAUUUGUCUCUUGAAGGAAGCGUCAAAUUUUUACACCCGUCUACCAUUCCGUAAAAUAUCAGGAGUGUCUGUGAGAAACAAGAUGGAUAUGACUAGGAAAACAGUGUCGAAGGGGAAUUAUGAUGGUGCACCCUUUGGCUGGUACCAGAAAUCCUCAAUUCUGCCCCGCGUGUGUCCACCUGUUCCUUUACCAGAAAAUCAAGAAAACGUGACCUUGGACAAAUGGCAGAGUUUGGACAGGACGUCUACUAUUCUAGAUCCUUCCAUUUCUAAAUUUGAUGUCAUCCAGGUCAGCAGAGAUCCUUCCAGUGACUUUGCCGCCAUCCAAGAUUUUUGUCUCUCAGUCUGUUCAAAGGACAAUCUGUGCCGAGUGACCACACUUGAAACGUUACCAUCAACAGUACGAUGUGUAUUCUACCCAGAAACCCAGAGUUGUACCCUGAGUCUACAAGGCCACCACUGUCGUAUUUUGCUCAAGGAGCCGGCUACUUACAUCUAUCGAAAGCGAGGUGUGAUCCUAGCCACUGGUGAAGGAAACUAUGAGCCUUCAGUAGUGAUCCCAUCACAAGGGACCAUGUUGGGUGUCUCUCAAGUAAUUCAAGUGGGUUCUGAAUGGAAGAGCAUUGGAAGCUUCCUUGGGGUUCCAUAUGCAGCACCUCCGGUGGGAGAGAAUCGGUUCCAUCCUCCACAGCCUUUCACCUGGACAGACUUCUGGAACGCCACCACAACCCGAGCGAGCUGCUGGCAGCCAGGCGAUGACAGCCUCUCUUCAGUCAGUGAAGAUUGCUUGUUUUUGAACAUCUUUGUCCAGCAGAACAAUGGAGGGAAUCUACCAGUGCUGGUUUUCUUCCACAACAGCCUAAAUGCUGAUGAUCAAGACAAGAAGGCAGCCCUUGAUGGAGCCUACUUAGCUGGAGUUGGAAAUCUCAUUGUCGUAACUGCAAAUUACCGUGUAGGAGUUUUUGGCUUUUUAAGCACUGGUUCCAGUGUUGCAAGUGGAAAUUGGGGCCUUUUGGAUCAAGACAUGGCUCUACAAUGGAUAAGGAGGAACAUUGCAAGGUUUGGGGGAGACGCGGGACAAAUAACAAUUGGAGCCCCUGACAGGGGAGCAGAUAUUAUCAGCCUUCACCUCCUUAAGAGAACUUCGAAUCCAAUCCUGUUCAAGAGGGCACUACUGAUGGGCGGAUCUGCUUUCUCUCCAGCCAUAACACUCAGCAAAGAGAAAGCACAAUCACAAGCUGCCGUUUUGGCUCGCGAAGUGGGCUGCCCAUCAACCAGCAGUCGUGAAAUUGUCUCGUGCCUUCGUCAGUUGCCUGCCAAAACACUUAACGAUGCACAAACCAAGCUCCUUGCCAUAAGUGGGCCAUUCCAGUAUUGGGGUCCAGUUGUUGAUGGAUCCUACCUGCAGGAAUCUUUUCCAGCUGCUUUGCAACGUUCCCGACUUUCAAAGUUGGACCUACUCAUUGGAAGUGCACAACAGGAUGGGCUGAUUAGUCGUGCGAAGGCUAUUAAGCGGUUUGAAGAAAGACAAGGCCGGGGCAGUAGCAAAACCGCUUUUUAUCAGGCCCUCCAAAACUCUUUGGGUGGCGAGGAGUCCAAUCUUCUCAUCCAGGAUGCAGCUACGUGGUUUUAUUCCCUAGAACAUUCAUCCACUGAGUAUGCUUCCUUCUCCAGGGCAUUAGAAAAUGCCACUCGAGACCACUUCAUCAUUUGCCCAACUAUAGAUAUGGCAAAGGAAUGGGCUAAUAACAAGAGAGGAAAUAUUUUCAUGUACCACGUGCCAGACAGCAAUUCCUUGAGCAGGUUUCAUAGUAGUACAGGUAGUAUUUCAUCUAUGACCACAAUUGAACACAAAACUUUGUUGGUAAGUGAGACGCUUGCAUUUGGUCUACCAUUUUAUCCUCAGUAUAAAAACCGAUAUACGCAGGAAGAGAAGACUCUCUCCUUAGUCAUUAUGCAAUACCUGUCCAACUUUUAAAAUCUGGGUAUAAAUCCAAAUAGCCCUUAUGAAUUUUCAAGAAAGAAGCUAGAAGGACUCUCGGCUUGGCCUAUGUUUCGUGCAGACGCGGGUGGAGAUAAUUAUAAAGAGUUCACUGCAUCUUUACCAAAUUACAAAGGACUGAAAAAAUCUGAAUGCUCCUUUUGGGAUUACAUCAAAACUGUAAAAAGUUUGACAAGUUGCCAAAGAGAGCAACCUGCCUCGAGUAGACCCACGCAAGGACCGGCUGUGACGCCCAUCUCUAACACCACCACAAUGAAGUUGCUGGAAGACAAGGCAGCCUACAGCAAUAGAGCAGACCGUUUGCUCUACGUUACACUGAAGUGGUGAAAUCAGAAUCUUCUACGCAUCUGAGGGAAGAACUGGCUUUGCUAUGUUGUAGUGGCGUCUCUGUAAUAGGCGAUGAGUAGUAAUAGUAUGCUAGGUUCAACAGUUAAAAUACUAUAAACAGGGGAUGAACAUCUUAGGGGAUGAAAGAAUGAAUUUUGAUGCAUUGACUUGUAUGCAAAUUACCGAAUAAAUU